AUGAAUGAAAACGACGACGGAUUUGUGAGCGGAGAGCCAACGCCGAGAGAUCCACCGCCAGCACAUUCUCAAGAAACUCUUGAAGAAAUCCCACCAACGCCAUCAUUGGCUCAUUCCACCAUAUCAUCCAUCUCAAGUGCCUCCCAUUUUGCAUCGGCCUCUUCUAGUCUCAGUGAUCUGAAUGCCGGUGCUCGACGCCAACAUUCGAGGCCACCAUCAAGGGACUCCAACGGAAGUAGCCGCUUCAAGGAAGCAUUGACCACUGUUAGCCUCGUGCUGAAUCAGGCGAAAGAGCUCGAGCGAGUGCAACGACAAAACGAGGAUUUGGAGAGAAACAACGAGGAUUUGGAGAGGGACAAUGAAACUCUGAGGCAUGAAGUCUUUGAAUUGACAUCACAUCUAAACGAAAGCCAGCAAUACAGGAGGAGUAAUGACGACAUCCAGUUGGAGCGACGUUUUAGUGAAAGUGAAGGGAUGAGGACGGAGAGUGUCGACACUGGAGUCCAAGCCACACCACUGCAUGCACCCGUGGAUAUGGAUGAGAUGAACAGGUUGCUCACGUCAAAACACCGGAUUACGAAAUGCCUCUCCGAGGAUGACAUCUUCGUUCGCCCGCUUCACUCGGCGGUUCAACGUGUCGAGAAUGGAAAGGCUAACUUUGGGCAAUUUCCCUCCAUGGAAACUUUCACGCACCCAGAAGCUGCGAUGAGUCGCCUCAACUCUCUGAGAUUUGAGGACAAAAUGAAUCCAAGUGAAGAUAUGGUGAAAGCUUUGACAACACUCACUGAUGAACUGGGCUUUGCGACGAAACGCAGCGAUGAACUUGAGGAUCAACUGGAGGAAGAACUGGUGAAGAACAAGCGACUCGUCGAGGACAUCGGUGCCGAGCAACGACGGGUGGAACAGGCCGAGAACGAAAUGAAACAUCUACGAAACAAUAUCGAGGAUUUCAAGAGACGGAUCAUCGAUUUCGAGAAAGAUGCAAAAUCGACAAAGAAACAUCUACAAGAGACCACUGAAAAACUUGUACAGCUAACGACCAUCACUUUGGAACGGGAUCAGCUGCGGCGAGAGAAUCAGCGCAAUUUAACUGAGCUCGACUACUUAAGACACAAAAUCGCUUCCACACCCGAGCCAAUUGAUGUACAAGAACUCGCCGCCCAGAUGGAAACACUUAAGGGACAUUUGGAUGAAGCGAAUAAGAGAGUGGCAAAGGCUGAGGAGAAUUUGGCCGAUCACAUCGCUGUUGUGAGAAAAGCGGCCGAGUGCGAGGCGCAACUUGAAGUGACUAAAGGAGAACUGGACAAGAAAAUGAAGGACAUUGCCAAAGUGGAGUCCGACAUCGAGAAGUGGAAAGUGAAACACGACGAGGAACGGAUCUCCCAUUUGGCCGCGGUCGAAAUGUGUAACGAGGUGAAGGGACGACUCACGCAACUGCUGCAAGAACGCGAGGAAACGAUUCAACUCUUGUGUCAUCGCUUGGCCCAAUAUGAGGUUAUUACGGAUGAGAAUGGCGAGGUCUCGUUGGAUCGUCUACAACCAGGAAUGCCGCCGAAUCAGUUACACAAUGAGGACCCGGACAACGAGGAGCCCACUCUGGUCAACGAUGAACCUUUGGAGAGCGCUCAAAUUGGACAAAGAAUUCUGGAGAGACUUCUCGAGUUGUUGGAGCGAUUUCCGCCGAAAAAGGCGGACGAUUUCGUGCUCGAUGUCAAGACGGCAAUCGCAACACUUCUGCAGGAGAUUCGAGCGCAAGAGGCAGUGGAUGACGAGGCUUUGGUUGACUCAUUAAACAAAUUCUUCGAUGCGAUCCUCCUCUCGUAUGCGGCUGAUAUGGAAAAGUUGGGCGAGAAAGUGGGCGAAGCCGAGAACGACAGGGACAAACUGGGCGCGGAAUUGGAAAAGAGCAACGCCGAAUUGGAGGCGAAACGACGUGAAUUGACGGUCGCCCAGGAGCGCUUGAGCGAGGAAAAUCGCUUUGUGCGCAACGCUCGCGCGAAGCAACAGGACCUCGAGGAGAGAAUGCAGAAAAUGAGGGCAGCGCAAAGCGACGAGCAGCGUAAGGCGGAUAUUGAACAGGAGCAUCGGUUGGCGCAAAUGGAUGAAUUGCACUCGGCGCUUGCACAGAAGAGGGCAGAUUUUGAGAGAACCGCCGGUGCGCUCAAGGAGGCCGUCGAAGAGCUGGAGGAGUGUGAUAGGCGGGUGGUCGAGCUGAAUAGGGAGAUAUCGAGCAUGGAAGAUGAAAAUGGAGUGCUGCGAAAAGAGAUCAAGGCGACUCAGCUGAGCCUCGAAACGGCCCAACAACGAGAGCAAUAUCUGAUUCUCGAAAGGAACCAAUUCGAACGCGAGGUGCGACGUCUGAAAGUGGAUUUGCAGCGCGAGAACAAAGAAAACGAGACGCGCUAUCGGGUGAGGGCUCUCGAGGAAGAGAUGAACCAAGUGCGGAACCUUCAUGACUUGGACAAGGCCACCAACGUCAAAUCGGCGAAGGCGCUCGAGAAAUGCUACUUCGACGUGCGUGCCAGGUACGACGUUGUCAAGAACAAUCACGCCAAGCUGCUGAGCAACACAAACAAGAUGGUGGCGAAGAUCGAGGAGUGCAAUCGGCUGGUAGUGGAACAGGGUAAUCCGGAGCUCACUGACAAAUUCACCGACGUCUCGGCGCGCUACAGGAGCACGGUGCAACGAUUUGUCGCCGAGGCGAAGAGGAACGACGAAGCGGUGGCUGAUGCGGUGCAACGGGGUGACGAGGCGAUCGAGAAUUUGCGAGGAUUGGAGCUGCUGUAUCAAACCGGAAGUGCUUCCCGACCGACGCACCAACGCCAUUUCUCGGGAGCAUCGUCGACCUCGACGGCAGCCAACCGACAGCAA